CCCUCCCCCAAGCGCCCCCCUUCCUCAGCCUGCCCCCCCACACCCCCAAGUGCCUCCUCCCCCCUCUCAUGCCCCCCUCCCCCCAACCGCCCCCCUCCCUCAGCCUGCCCCCCCACACCCCCAAGUGCCUCCUCCCCCCUCUCAUGCCCCCCUCCCCCCAACCGCCCCCCUCCCUCAGCCUGCCCCCCCACACCCCCAAGUGCCUCCUCCCCCCUCUCAUGCCCCCCUCCCCCCAACCGCCCCCCUCCCUCAGCCUGCCCCCCCACACCCCCAAGUGCCCCCUCCCACCUCUCAUGCCCCCCUCCCCCCAACCGCCCCCCUCCCUCAGCCUGCCCCCCCACACCCCCAAGUGCCUCCUCCCCCCUCUCAUGCCCCCCUCCCCCCAACCGCCCCCCUCCCUCAGCCCCCCCCACACCACCAAGUGCCCCCUCCCACCUCUCAUGCCCCCCUCCCCCCAACCGCCCCCCUCCCUCAGCCUGCCCCCCCACACCCCCUCAAGUGCCCCCUCCCACCCCAGAUGCCCCUCCCCUCAAAAACUGACCCCAGUUGCCCCCUCCCCUCAGGGUGGCAGCCCCCCCUGGUGCCCCCUCCCCUCCAGGACUGAUCCCCUCCACUCCCCCCCCCACCCCAGCAACAGCAGCAGAGAGCAGCGCUCCAGGCGCCGCGAGGUGUCACAGCCGCGCCGGGCGCCACACGCGUGCUGCUCGCGCACACGGACGGGCACGAGGGCCAACGCCAGCCGCUCCCGCACCUGGGGCCGUCGGGGAGGCCCUGCGGAGCGGCCUCCCGGGGCCACGGCGCUGCAGGGCUCCCACGUGCUGUCUAGGGGGCCCCCUGGGCUCGCCGCUGCGCCCGGCUGCUCAAAUCAGGAAAUAAAAGCGAGCGAGCGAGCAAGCGUUAUCAGCCCCUCCGAUCACACACACGCGCACUCCUGGGUGCAGGGCGCCGCAGGCUGCACGCACGGGCGGGCGCCCAGACAUGGAUGCCCAGGACCGAGCCGCACUGGAUAUUUCCACCAGGAACCCCCAGGACGACUUCGAGCUGCUGCAGAGAGUUGGCGGCGGGACGUACGGGGAAGUGUACAAGGCGAGGAGCAAAGACACAGGCGAGCUGGCGGCCAUAAAAAUCGUGAAGAUGGAGCCAGACGAUGACUGCGCCACCAUCCAGCAGGAGAUCCUCAUGGUGAAGACCUGCAAGCACCCCAACAUUGUGGCCUAUUACGGGAGCUACAUACGGUUUAACAAGCUGUGGAUCUGCAUGGAGUUCUGCGGGGGAGGCUCUUUGCAGGACAUCUACCACGUCACCGGCCCCCUGUCCGAGCAGCAGAUCGCCUAUGUGUGCAGAGAAAUGCUGGAGGGCUUGUCCUACCUUCACACCCAGGGGAAGAUCCACAGGGACAUCAAGGGAGCCAACAUCCUCAUCAAUGACAACGGGGACGUGAAGCUCGCGGAUUUUGGGAUCUCCGCGCAGAUCAGCGCCACCUUUGCCCGACGGAUGUCCUUCAUCGGCACACCCUACUGGAUGGCCCCCGAGGUGGCCGCGGUGGAGCUGAAGGGUGGCUACAACGAGCUGUGUGACGUCUGGUCCGUGGGGAUCACAGCGGUGGAGCUGGCCGAGCUGCAGCCCCCCAUGUUUGACGUCCACCCCCUGAGGGUACUCUUCCUCAUGUCCAAGAGUGGCUACCAGCCACCAAAGCUCAAGGACAAGGCCAAGUGGUCUGCGGCCUUCCACAACUUUGUGAAGGUGACGCUGACCAAGAACCCCAAGAAGCGACCGAGCGCCACCAAAAUGUUGUUGCACCAGUUCGUGGCCCAGCCCGGCCUGAGCUGCAACCUGACGCUGGAGCUGCUGGAGAAGCUGCACAACCCGGACAAGCACCCCCGCUGCUGCGAGACGGAGGAGGAGGAGGCCGAGCUGCCGCCCCCUGUGCCUCGGCGGAUCCACUCCACGCACCGGCACGGCCAGGUCGAGCGCAGCAACUCCGACAUCAACCUGCAGCACAUCGAGAUCCGGCCCUGCUGGAGGAAGGAGCUGGAGCCCCCGGGUCACACGGAAACCUUCACAGAUGUCAGCUAUGGCACCAGCAGAAGCAGCGCCAGCUCCAUGGGCAGCCACAGGGGGGACACGUCGGACUCGGACAACGACUAUGACGACGUCGACAUCCCCAGCAGCGCGUACUCCUGCAGUGACACGCUGCCAGCUGACGUCCCUCCCCCGCUGCCCCCCAAGCCCAAGCUCCGCACCCCAUCGGAUGAGACACUAGGGGAAGAUGAGCGCCCAUGGCCCCGGGGGCCACCCGUGCAACACUCUGGCCCCUCCAGCAGCCUGGUGCGCUGUUCCAGUGGCCCCGUGGCCAGCAGGCCCCCCCACGCUGCUAAGCACCCUAGCAGGCAUGGCACCCACCUCGCUGCCAGCUCAGAUCCUGCCUUGUGGUCCGGCACCCGGAGCGAGGAGCCCCCCAUCCUACCGCCCAAGACCGAGAAGAAGCGGAGACCGGUGCAGACUGACAACGGGAGCUCCAGGACCCCACCCAGAACGCAGGAUGGCUCCUUCUUCCGGAAAGUUUUCAAUGGCUGCCCCCUGCACAUCACGGCCACCACCACGUGGACGCACCCGGGCACCCAAGACCCGCACCUAAUCCUGGGUGCCGAGGAGGGCAUCUUCACCCUCAACCAGAGCGAGCCCGAGGCCACACUGGAGCUGCUUUACCACAACCGGACAUCCUGGGUGUACACCAUUGGCAAUGUGCUCAUGUCUGUCUCGGGCAAGACCCCCCAGCUGUACUCCCACAGCCUGCCGGGGCUGUAUGAGCAGAGCAAGCGGGACCAGCGCCCUGGUGUGCACCUCGGCCCCCACCGCCUGCUGCCCAGGAGGAACCCCCCUUCCAGCAAGAUCCCUGACACCAAGGGCUGCCGCACCUGCUGCGUGGCCAGGAACAUGCAGAGCGGCUGUCACUACCUGUGUGGGGCGCUGGACACGGGCGUGGUGCUGCUGCAGUGGUACGAGCCCAUGGCCAAGUUCAUGCUCGUCAAGCACUUUGACUUCCCGCUGCCCAGUCCGCUGCCUGUCUUCGAGAUGCUGGUGGCGCCGGGCGAGGAAUACCCCAGCGUCUGCAUUGGGCUCGGCCGCGGCCCCUCGCCCGCCCGCCCCGUGCGCUUCCACACCAUCAACCUCAACUCCCUCACCUCCUGGUUCGCCCACGCCGAUGCUGAGCCCCCCUGCCCCGGCCCCAUCCAGGUGACGCAGCUGGACAGCGAGACUGUGCUGGUCCUCAUUGACCGAAGCAUCAAAGUGGUGACACUGCAGGGAGCCCUGGUUCGCCGUCUCGAGGCCCCCGAGAUCCUCUUCGACGUGGCUGUGGAGUCCGUGGUGCUGGUGAAGAACUGCCUGCAGGCCUUCUGGCGCCACGGGGUGCAGGUGCGCCACUUCGGCUCCACGCAGUUAAUCGAGGAGCUGCGAGACCAGCGCUGGACCUUCCGCUUGCUGGGCUCACACAGCACAGUCGUCCUGGAAACACGCCCCGCUGACAACGCCAGCGCCCACAGCAGCCUCUGGGUCCAGGCAUGACCCCCGGGAGCGGAGGGGGAGCUAGAAAGUUGCCCCCAGCAAGGAUCCACCCCACCCCCAACAUGGACUGGCCCCCCGGGGGAAGGGGAGCAGCGCCGCAGACGCCAGAGACUCUGGGCAGGGGCCGGCGCGGCCCCGGAGCAGGAGGCGCGGG